UGGCCCUUGACAUGUCCUCGUGCAUGCUCUUCCUCUUGAACUCCUGUAGAUUGUCAAAGUAGUCGUCCACGUCACGCUCAUCAUGAGAGAAAAGCGUGUCGAGCACUAUUUUCCUUCCGCAGAUGUCAAUGGCGGUGCUGAAGUACUUUUCCAGCUUCCUACACGGAGUGUCGAAGUCCUUCUGCUCGUCAUCACAAGACUUCCGACUCGGAAAGAGCAAGUCCCAAAUGUUGCCAGCUUCGAACUCCGACAAAUCGGGAAAGCAAGCAGCCAACACAUCGCCAACACAUGUUAGGUGUUGAUGAAUGUGUUUUAAGUCGUUCACUGAAAAGAGUCCGGCCCAGCUUGUUUGGUUUUGGUCUCCGACAUUAAGUUCGGCUUUCCGUCUCUGUCGCUGUAAUGUUCUAUUGUGACAGGUGACUGCGAAUUUACUCUCGGUGACGUUCCACUGUACGAUAAAACCUAGCUUAAACGCCUCAGGUUCUUCGAAUAUGUUACUUUUAACGGCGACCCAGCCUUCUAAGCUAUCUAGACGCUCACAUUCGACGUUAUUCAUGUCGAAAAGAGAUGUGUUACAUGGGCCUCCUUCAAUGCUGCUGGUAUGUUUACGUCCGCCAUUUGUAUGACGCAAGAUGCAUUCAGGGAACACACUGAAUAAUGGACAUUUCACAACUAAGCUAAGCGCUCAAUCAAAGUCAUGAUCCUACAAUACAAACACGAUUAAAUUAACUUUAAAUUAAGGUUUAGGAUAGUCAUUUGUCAAAUUUGACAUACAUAUUUCUGCAGGAAUUUUGUAAGUAUUCUUGCACACACACCGAAUACAGAAAACAACUUCAAUAGCUUACAGGCAUGUUCAAGCGACUGAUAGGAGGAUACGUUCUGGUCGUCUCCUACUUCUUAAAUGCAACAUCGCCUCUUAAUAUACAUAAGAUGCAGAGACAACAGUCUGUACAGAGGCCAAUUUGAUAUAAAUUGGAGUGUUACGAGGGACUGUGAAGGCACCGUAUUCCCUUGGUAUUUGUCUUCAACUUUGCUCUUUGAAUCAUACAUUUACGAAUUUCCACAUGUCUGGCAUCAGGAACUAAGAUACAGUCUUAAACCACAUUUUAAUCUACGAUUUGAGCUGCAAGUACAUGUUUUACUCAGCAGAGUGCUGCUCUGUCGCGCACAGUUAACCCACACGAUUGUUGGCCUGCAUUGGUGGUGUAGAAGCAGAUUAAUUCAGUCAACCCCAUGGACCUUUAUGACAUUAAAGGAGAUAGACUGGGUGUGAUUGCAGAGGAAGCUGAACUCCAGGACACGAACAAAGGCAUGAGCACCUCUCAGUGGUCCACUGGGGCAGAGGAUGUUGAUUUAUUUAACAAUGGCCGCAUUGAGAGUGAGAUCAACAGCACCAGGAAUCAGUUGCAACAGAAGGUGGCUGAGAUGGAAAAUUUAGCAGGACACCUGGAGGAAAUAUUCCUCACUGUAGAGGAGAAUUUUGGCCGCCGGGAGCAGCACUUGGAGCAUCAUUACAAUGACGUGCUUCAGACCUUAUCACAGCGUUAUGACGAGCGCGGUGCCGGACUGGAGGAGGAGAAGAAGAACAAGCUGGAGACUCUGUACACUCAGCUGCUUGCUUGUGGCAACGCCCUAGACGCCUCCAAGGAGCUCAUUGAGGAAGCCAAGAAGGUCUACCGCAGCCAGGACAAACGGCUUUUUCUCAAGGCAGUUGUUCCCACCAUUAAGAGAAUUGAGGAUUUCGCCAAGGAGGAGAUGGACCUCACGUUGUCCACACGUCUUGAAUUUGACACGCCUCUUGCUGACCUGUCAGAUGUCAAAAGCAUGAUGGACUCCAUCAAUAUUGUUCCAGCUCCAUCCGCCCCAGUCAUCAACCCCCAAAUGGCCAACUCGGCUACCCAGACAUCGCUGCGUGCAUGCUGGAGUUUGUUCUCUGAUGACACAGUGGAGUUCUAUGAGCUGUACUACAGACCUGUACUGCAAGACACACCUGUGGACGGUAACACUGCACCACAUGUAAGCAAGCUGAAAGUGAAAGAGACCCAGUGCACUGUGAGGGACCUCCUGCCUGGUGCCCAAUAUGAGCUGUGGGUGACGGCCACCAACACGACAGGCAUCAGCCCAGUCAGUGAGAAGGCUUUAUACGUGACAGUUCCAUCACCUCCAGUCAUCAAGGGGAGAGAGUGUUGCAGCUGUCCAGAAGCUGCUCUCAUUCGCUGGGAGUCGGGAAACCCUGACCCCGUUGACUCCUACACUGUGGACCUCACUCAGCUGGGACCUGAUGGUACUGCGGAGGGGAUCACAGAGUCAGUAGUAGCAGUGCCCACAUGUCAGUGUCUGAUCCAGCUUCAAGCAGGUCACAGUUACCUCAUCUCUGUUAGAGCCAUCAAUAUUGGUGGGCCUAGUGGCAAGAGUGAAGGCAUAACCAUCUCCACUACUGGUACUUUUUUCCACCUGAUGGAGGACACUGCCCAUCCAUGCCUGUCCUUCUCUGAAGAUGGUUUCACUAUAUUUUAUGGGGAUGAGGAAUUGCCAAUAAGUGCUAUGGGUUUAGAUGACAACAACUUUACCAGCUGUGCAGCGGUCCUUGGGGAUCUGAUUCCGGUCCGAGGCAGGCAUUACUGGGAAGUGGAGGUCGAUAAUGAGACUCAGUUUCGGAUUGGAGUUGCUUAUGAGGACACAGAGAGAAAUUCUUACCUGGGAGGCAACACCACCUCCUGGUGUAUGAGACACAUUCUCACUCCAUCCAGGCACAAGUAUGAGUUCCUGCACAAUGGAUGGAGCCCUGACCUAAGGAUCACAGUGAACCCAGUCCGAAUAGGGUUGGCUUUGGACUAUGAAAGGGGUACCCUGUCCUUCUUUAACGUGGAUCUGGAACAACACCUGCACACCUUUCAGUGCCACUUUCAGCGUUACGUCCACCCUUGUUUUGGCCUAGACAACCCAGGAGCUCUGACAAUCCACAAUGGUAUAAAGGCGCCCAAAUAUGCAUUCAUGGGGCAGCUUUAAUUGCAUCUAUAGAAACAAGUGUCAAGACAAUGAGGGGAUCUUAGGUGUUUUUAAUGUAGUAUUCCAUGGGAACAGGCAUUCACCAUUUUCCAAGAGAAGAAAAGGCUUUUACAUUAGUUACACCAUUACUACAUAACUGCUCUGCAUUAAAUUUAAAACAUGGGGCUAAUUUGUGAUAAAAAUAUUGUAAUAUUUCCAUUUUACACCUGUAUUCAGAUAUUAAAAUUGAAAAAUGCACCCACUAUACUUGACUGUCAAAAUUGGCAACCAGUGAGGCUUCCUCUGAUUUGGGAAAAAAAAAAAAAAAUGUUCUGACGGGCAACAAAAAUUGACAUUUUAUAAAUAUACAUAUGAACACUGGGGAGAAAUUUCUUCAUGAAUAGUUGGGCAGUGUUCAUUAAGGAGUCUGUGUACUACUGUAUUUCCAUUUGUUGCAUAUGUAAAAAUAAUGCCUUAUAUUUCUUAAGGAGAAAGUCAUGUCCUCAUUGGUAAUAGAAAAAAGAUCCCGAUUGUCAAGUGGGUCUAAACCAAACCUUGUGGUUAAAAAACAAACAAACUGCUAGAUGCAACAGUGUCUCUCUGAAAAAUGAUUUAAAUAAUUUGAGCUGUAUUGUAAAUGAGUUGAAACAGAUGCCGUCUCAAGCCAGUGUGUAAUGUGAAGUGGAUUUUUCUUUUCUGGGCAUUAGAAAGCAGACUUGUGAACACAUUGUGAGAGGGCAUGGGCAGGCAUUAUGAGUUACUGCUCUUACUGCUGCGCAUCCUCUCCUCUUCCUCAUCGGAAGAGUCUCCUCCAUAGGGCACCAGCCCUGAUGCAUCCCGCACCACUUUGGGCUUCUUCUCACAUACGUCCUCAACACCUGUUGGGGCAAAGUAAAAAAAAAAAAAGAAAAAGAAAAAAAGAAGAGAAAAGCAGAAGGGUGGGGGAGACGGACACAAAGGAAACCCAAUGAAGAGCCCAUGUUAGCAGUGGUUUAGAGUUGGUUUGGUUUGAUCCCCAGCCAGGUCAGGACAUCCAUGUGAGGCCGGUCCAGAGACAUGUGAAGAGAGAGAACAAGAGAAAGACAAAAGGACAUAUGCAAGAAGAGAAUGUUAGUGGCUUUUAGCAGUAGAGGAAUCUUCACUCCUCCUCCAUUCUUCUGCAGGGGGAUGGAUAUGCAACACACGCCUUCCUCUCAAAGGAGCAGUAUGCUCCGUCUCUCAAAAUAUGAGCAAAGAAACGAGUGUGUACCCGAUGACGCGGUAACGCUGGGGAGACUGACUGGAUCUUGGGUCAGCUCAUCUCUCUGCCUCUUGCGCGGGCUGCAGGUGAGAGCAACAAAAGGAGGUGGUGGCGGGGGCAUAAGGAUCCUGAAGGAUCAAAAACAUUCAUGUUAAACACCACACAUUCAAUUUAUGAAAAAUGACAGCGAGGAGAAAUCAAACCUCUCUACUGCUUUGUCUUGGACAACGUCAGAAGAAGGGGGUGCAGACUCUUGAAGAGUAGGAACCUCCUGAGAACUGCUGGAAGGCUAAACAAAGGCCAAAAAAAAAAAAAUCCUUUUUUAAGCCAUUUUUUCAGUGUCAUUCUAUACCUCUUGCGCAGAUUCAAUUCUUCAUCUAACCUGUUCUUUAGUGCUUUCAUGGAAAUGCUGUAUGGAUCUUCCCAAGUCCGGCUGAGUAAGUAAAGGCGCUUCAGGGUCCACUGUAUCACCGCUACCAACAGCCUUUAAACAUGUGACCAGAUAACGUGAGCACUAGUGGAUAUGACAGCAAAAACACUAGUUUGGCAUAUUUAGUAUGGCAACCCUCAAAAUAUACAUAUGCCAUUGUUUACUCAAAAUGCUCUACACGACUGUAUGAUACCAUGUUAAAUGUAAGCUCACUUCCCUCUGGCCUUUGCACCAGCAAUGACAACAGCAGGUAUUUCCUAUCAAUGGGUCUUUAUUACAAUAUUGUUCUUUUGUAUGUUUCAUAAAGUGGUUCCUAUCCACUUUAUUUUCUGCCUUAUUAAAAUUAGAUGCUGUGGAACUGGAUUAAAAACGUGGAUUUAGCCACCCUUUACUAUUACAAUGGAGUGAUUCUUUACAUUUUAUUUUUCAUUUUCAUUUAAACUUUUAAAAGAACAUGAUCAAUUAACAAGACACAACAAUCUUUGUAAUUACCUCCACAAGAUAAGAAUUUGUUUUCCGUGGACACACCGGAUACUGAACCAUUGCCUGAGAAGAUGGAGGGGUUGUCGACAUGUUAGAAUGACUUGGGGGACCAUUUGCAUUACUCCAAUAACCACCGGCUCCCGGGUACGCGGAAUAGCCUCCAGCAUACCCAUUGGCUGGGUAGUUAUACCAGGAAACCUGGUUAGAGUAAUUGCUA